AAUAUGCUUGAAUUGCUAGAAGAAAUGCCAAAUGGAGUUCCACCAGAAAAAGUGAAAAGCUAUAUCUACCAGCUAAUUAAAGCAAUUCAUUGGUGCCAUAAGAACGAUAUUGUUCAUAGAGAUAUCAAGCCAGAGAAUCUCUUAAUAAGCCACAAUGAUGUUCUGAAGUUGUGUGACUUCGGCUUUGCUCGUAAUCUCUCUGAAGGAAGCAAUGCUAACUAUACAGAAUACGUGGCUACCAGAUGGUACCGCUCACCUGAACUCUUGCUUGGAGCCCCUUAUGGAAAGGCUGUGGAUAUGUGGUCCGUAGGCUGUAUCCUGGGAGAGCUGAGUGACGGGCAGCCCUUGUUUCCUGGCGAGAGCGAGAUUGACCAGCUCUUUACCAUUCAGAAGGUGCUAGGCCCACUGCCAGCUGAGCAGAUGAAGCUAUUCUAUAGCAACCCACGCUUCCAUGGCUUGCGGUUUCCAGCAGUCAAUCAUCCACAGUCUUUAGAGAGAAGAUACUUGGGAAUUUUAAGUGGUGUAUUGCUUGAUCUUAUGAAGAACUUACUGAAGUUAGAUCCAGCAGACAGAUAUUUAACAGAACAAUGUUUGAACCACCCUUCGUUUCAAACCCAAAGACUCUUGGAUCGCUGUGGAAGCUCACCUUCGCGGUCAGCUAAGAGAAAACCUUACCACGUAGACAGCAACACAUUAUCUAACAGAAAUCAAGCCAGCAAAAGUUCUGCUUUGCAGUCACACCACAGAUCAAACAGCAAGGAUAUACAGACACUGGGGGUUGGCGGGCCAAGAGAAGAGGGUCUUCCAGCAAAUGAAAGCUUUUUAAAUGGAAACCUUCCUGGAGCUGCACCUAGUCCAAUGCAUACAAAAAAAUCAAGCAACACUCCUGGAUCUGGCAACAAGGACCUAGCCAAUAAUAACAUGCCACAUCUUCUCAGCCCAAAGGAAACAAAGGCAAAAACAGAAUUUGAUUUUAAUGUGGACCCAAAAAGUUCUGAUGGUUCAGGCACAAAGUACCUGAAGUCUAACACCAGAUCUCAGCAGAACCGGCACUCGUUUAUGGAAACUUCUCAGAGCAAAACUGGGACACUGCAACCCGGCGAUAAGCACAGUCGCCACAGCUAUAUUGAUACUAUCCCACAGUCUUCUAAGAGUCCUUCAUAUCGGACAAAGUCAAAGAGCCAUGGCGUUCUGACAGACUCGAAAUCCGUGGGCAACCUUUCUGAGGCCAGGGCCCAAGCUGCAGAACCAAACAGCAGUAGGUAUUUUCCAUCCAGCUGCAUGGACUUGAACUCUCCUACCAGUCCAUCUGCUCCCCGACACAGCGAUAACAGAACUUUGCUCAGUCCAUCUGGGAGGAAUAACCGCAGCGAGGGUACCCUGGAUACCCGAAGACCAUCAACAAGACACUCCAAAACAAUGGAGGAGCUAAAACUGCCAGAUCACAUGGAUGGAAGCCAUUCCCACUCUCUAUCUGCUCCACAUGAAUCUUUUUCCUAUGGUCUAGGUUAUACCAGUCCUUUUUCUUCACAGCAGCGCCCUCAUAGACACUCUAUGUAUGUGAGCCGGGACAGAGUGAGGUCAAAGGGCUCAGAGGGUGGCUUAAGCAUAGGGCAAGGGAUGGCAGCCAGAGCAAACAGCCUGCAACUGUUAUCUCCACAGGUGCAGCAUAAGUCACUCACAAGAUCUGUUGGCUCGUCACGAGAAGACUGUACAGAAGAUACUAAUAGGCACAGUGACCAGAUUUUAUCAGAAAUUAAUUUAACAAGGCCUCCAGUAAAAUAUUCCUUCAGAGAUGUUACAAUUGCAUUUUACAGCAAAAAUCUGAGAAGUGGAGCAUAUCAUGAUCCACACACAGAAGAUGGAGCAUCUACUAAGGAAAAUAGAAUUCUGUAUAAUGACCCUGUUCCGAGAAGAGUUGGCAGCUUUUACAGAGUUCCGUCUCCACGUCCAGAGAGCACGUACAUAGAAAACAACGUGUCAAACAGAGCCUCUGUGUUACCGGCAGACAGCGGCACGGUGGCCAACCACUCAAAGAGACAAACCACCUUUGACACUUGGAAAAGUCCUGAAAACCUUAACAGUCACUCAGAACAGUUCAAGGAGAAAGAAAAGCAAGGUUUUUUCAGGGCAAUAAAAAAGAAAAAGAAGAAAUCUCAAACUACAGACUCAACCAACGGGGAGAAUCCAAGCAUCAAGAAAUCCCUCUUUCCUCUUUUUAAUUCAAAGAAUAAUUUAAAGCAUAGUUCUUCUUUGAAAAAGCUUCCUGUAGUCACUCUACCCAUGAUGCCUAGUAGUGAUGGUCAGGAUCUCUUGGCAUUACAGAAAGCCAUUCAUUCUUCUAAUCACCAGAGCAGCAGGCAGAAGGAUUGGCAUCCUGAGAAGAUGACAGAAAUCCCACCUCAUAGCCAGCCAUUAAAAUCUCUUCGAAAGCUCUUACACCUCUCCUCUUCCAAUCAUCCUGUCCCUGCUGAGCCUCGCUUCCAGCCGUUACCCAGCCAGCCAGCCAAAGCUGCUUUUUCUGAAGUGCGAAUUCACCCCAUGAGUCAAAGCUCCGGCAGCGGCAGCAGCAACGUGCGGCAAGAGCCUCAGCCGAAGAGCAGGCCAACGCUGCAGAUACCAAGCCAGCUGGAACCUACCUGGCACGUCUCCCCAGUGAACAGGAGCGCGAGCGAUGGGCCUCCCUACUCCGAUCAGCUGCCUGCCAAGAGCGGCCAGAACGGGCACACGUAUAACCGAACAAACCGGUCGCGAAUGCCAAAUCUGAAUGAUUUAAAAGAGACAGCUUUGUAA